AUGAAUGGCACAGAAGGACCCAACUUUUAUGUCCCCAUGUCUAACAAGACUGGAUUGGUUCGUAGCCCAUUUGAGCACCCGCAGUACUACCUGGCUGAGCCCUGGAAGUACUCUCUUCUGGCUGCGUACAUGCUGUUCCUCAUCAUCACUGCCUUCCCCAUCAACUUCCUCACUCUCUACGUCACUGUCAAACACAAAAAAUUGAGGACCCCUCUGAACUACAUACUGCUCAACCUGGCGGUGGCCGACCUCUUCAUGGUCAUUGGUGGCUUCACAGUUACUCUCUACACAGCCCUGCAUGGAUAUUUCAUCUUAGGGGUCACUGGCUGCAACAUUGAAGGAUUCUUUGCCACCUUAGGAGGAGAGAUCGGUCUCUGGUCUUUGGUGGUUUUGGCUAUUGAGCGCUACAUUGUGGUCUGUAAGCCAAUGACCAACUUCCGCUUCGGGGAAAAACAUGCCAUUGCUGGCCUCGGAUUCACGUGGAUCAUGGCCCUAACCUGUGCUGCACCUCCUCUGUUUGGAUGGUCUCGGUACAUCCCAGAGGGAAUGCAGUGUUCCUGUGGGAUUGACUACUACACUCCCAAGCCCGAGAUCAACAACACCUCAUUCGUCAUCUAUAUGUUUGUCCUCCAUUUCUCUAUCCCCCUCUUCAUCAUUUUCUUCUGCUACAGUCGCCUGCUAUGCACUGUCCGAGCGGCUGCAGCCCAGCAGCAGGAGUCUGAAACCACACAGAGAGCCGAGAAAGAAGUGACACGUAUGGUCAUUGUCAUGGUGAUCUCCUUCCUGGUGUGCUGGGUCCCCUAUGCCACAGUGGCGUGGUACAUCUUUGCCAAUCAGGGAGCUGAGUUUGGACCUGUAUUCAUGACUGCUCCAGCCUUCUUUGCUAAGAGUGCUGCUCUGUACAACCCAGUCAUCUACAUUCUGCUAAACAGACAGUUCAGAAACUGCAUGAUCACAACAGUGUGCUGUGGAAAGAACCCAUUUGGAGACGACGAGGCCGCUGCCACCACUGCCUCCAAAACCCAGACUUCAUCCGUAUCUUCCAGCCAGGUGGCCCCCGCUUGACCUGCCCCCAUCCCCCCCAUGGCUCCUCCUCUUCCUUGUCCCAUCUGUCCCUGCACACCUCAGGACCCUCUACCGCCAAGCACCAGUAUGUUCUAUUGGCCAAUCCUCUUGACUUACCUCUCCAUGUGUCUUCACUGCAGCAGCACGACCGCACCUUUGGUGGGACUGACCUACUCAAGAGCCAGCAUGUGUAUUCUCAAUCCAUUUAAUCAUGGAAAGUGUUCAGCUGGCUUCACAGAGUUUAACCUGGCAUCAAGGGAGUGUUGUCUAUGUGAUGAUCCAACUGAACAAAUUCCAAUGUCCCAACUACCCAAAAAUAUACAUAAUGGGUGAAAACCUAACACUGCAAACCAUCAGCUCUUGUUCAAAUGAUUGUUUCAGCUGUGUAUCCCCCAAAAAAUGCGCUUCGAACUAUUAAAUUUAUGAAUACUUAGUUGAAAUUAGUCAUGAAUUUGUUUAGAUAUCUCAUGGGUUUUUAAGGUAUCAGACAGGGCUGUCCUCUGGUGUUUCUGUCUCUCCUCUUGUCUUUACGGUGAUGAAGCUGAAGUGGCUUGUUUAUUCUUGGCAUCAAGUGAGACAUGAGUGUAAACAGAUGGACCUGAGAAGGUGCCUCCUGCAAGAGACUGGAUGCGUAUGUGUGUGUGUGUGUGUGUGUGUGUGUGUGGUGCACGUUUAUGUAUUUAAAUGGAUGUCAGAAUGUCAGUGUGUGUAUUAAAGAGAUAUGGGGUUGUUAUUUGUGGAUAUUAUUUUGUUCAUUGUGUAAAGGCUAGGAUCUUGUGGAAGUUGUUCUGUGUCCUGCAAUAAAAACAAGGCUAAAUGUCUCCAUGACUUUUCCCUUACUUGCUCCAUCAU